UGUCGGACUGGUUUAGUCGCGGCUCUUUGUUGUUAUUUUGAUGCUUAUGUUUUGCCAUCGUAAGGUAUUUUAUUUCUGAAAGAAACCACAGACGAGAUAGACAUUACAGAACAGAUAACACGGAGUGGAUAAACAGUAGAUUUAUUGCACUCUUGAAGAGGCCAGUCAGAUCAUCCCGUGGAUAAGAUGCCCAGAUCAAAGAAGCAGUCAAAGGCUGGUUUGGUUGGAAAGAAGGAUGAUCUAGACAGCAGCAAAAAUGAAGGCCAUUGGGUCCAUGUGGAAGGAGCUGAACAACUUCAUCAAGAUAGCUGGGAGAUAGUAGAAGAUGAUAGCUCUUUGGAUGUUGUUCCACAAGAGGAUAGUUCUGGAAUUAUUGAUCCCAAGGAUGAUGAGAUUGUUGACAUUUUAACGGAUAAUCUUGCCGGAGGUUUGCUCCCAUCUUCUGAAUCAAUGGAUUUUCCUCAAGAAAUGGAAAAAAGCUCAGAUUUCCAGAUUAUUGAGAUGAAAGAUCCAAAAAUGUUAGAUGAAGAAGAGGAAGAAACUUCCUUUAUUGACACUGAUGAAAUCUUGGAAUCUAAAAUUUGUCAAGGGGAACUGGUGAAGACAACUCCAGAUCUACAAUCAUUGGAAUUCUCCCAGCUGGUGAAGCAGGAUUCUUCAGAUAGUCAGUCGAGCAAUCCACCAGUUGAACAAGUGGUAGAGGCAGGAGCCCAAGAAUCUUUAACUGCUGAAGAAAUGACUGCAAAAAAUAAAGGUGAUGGUAAAAAAUCCAAAGGAAAGAAGAAGAAGGAGAAGAAAGUUGCUAAUCAACCGAACAUUGAUGAACAGCUUCCAGAACCUUCUGUUGCACUUCAGCAAGUAGAAGCUGAGAUUGUGCAGUCAGAAGGCUCAAGUUCAGGUGAUAAUCAGGAAGUGAUCAGUGAACCUGCUGUGGCUGCUGAUAAAUAUCCAGUUGAUGCAGCUGAUGUUAAAGGCAGCACCAGUGGAAAUAUUUCAAGCACAAAGCCCAAGAAACAAAAAGGCAAGAAAAACAAAAGUGCUGCCACAAGUCUUCCAGGUAAGGCUAAAGAUUCUCUGAAAGAGGAAGAAAAAAAUACUUCUGUAGAGGAACAAAAGCAGAAGAAAGAACAAGAAAGAUUAGAAUCGCUCUUAAAGAAGGAAGCUGAAAAAUUUGUAACAUAUUCUAAAGAAAAGCAAGCUAGAGAUCUCUCAACUUUAUCAGUUCUUCUAGCAAAAGAUGAAACUAUUGACAGCUUGAGUGCAAAUUCUGAAGAUCUUCCAGCUGAAGUCCAGGAAGAACCUGCUGAGCUACAACCUGAACCCAUUGUGUCUGAAACACCUGGGUUAAAAUUAGAUCGAAGAUCAUCUGAUAGAGAAUCGAGUGUUAGUGUUGAUGAUCUCGCAGAUGUAGAUGAUGCAGCUUCUACCCAGGAGAGCAAUGGAAGUCCCAAGCUUUCUAAAUCAGCGAAACGCAGAAAGAAACAAAAGGCUAAAAUGGCCAAGGCUAUUGAGACAUUCUCCAACCCAGCUCUUCUGAUGGAAAAAUAUGAAAAAUCUUUUGGUGAGCCAUAUGAGUCUCCAGAAAUUGGUUCAGGUGAUAGCCCACUACCUGUUAUUGAUAAUUUGACCUGUCCAAUUUGUCUAGAGGUGUAUCAUCGUCCACAUCUAGUCCAACCUUGUGGUCAUAUCUUCUGUGAACCGUGUCUUCGUCGAUUGACCACUAGAACGUGUGCUGAGGUUCCUUGUCCUAUGUGUAGGAUAAUUAUUAUAUCAUGCACUCCUGAUGAUGAACUGAGUUCCCGGGUGAGCUUGACUUAUCCCGACCGUGUUGCAGCUCGUAAUCGAGCCGAGAGAAAGAGUAAAUCAAAGAGGAAUCCGUUACCAAGAGUCGAACAUCAACCUUUAAGCCAUGACCUUAUUAAUCAGAUGGUCACGACAACCAGUCGCUCAAGAUCUGCUCUUCAAAGAACGCAGUUACCGUUUAAUAGAAGUCAUAUACAAAAACUACUUCUAGUGAUCAUAUGUGUAAUAUCUUAUAUAUUUACCUCCGUUACAAUUCGAGCCAUAUCUAGUUUUUUAAUUAAUAGCAAUGAAGAUACAACUGGUAAUUUUUUUGUUUUAAUAGUUUUUUGUCUUUAUUUUUAUUUUAUAGAUAAGGGUAUGAAAUUUUUAUUAGCUUUGUAUGAUGGAUGAUGGUGAUUAAUUUUAGACUGGGGAUUUAUU